AUCUACGUUGGCAACCUCCCCCUUGACAUCAGAACAAGAGAUAUUGAAGAUCUGUUUUACAAAUAUGGGAGAAUCCGUGACAUUGAAGUGAAAACUCCUAAUCGCCCACCUGCAUUUGCAUUCGUUUCCUUUGAAGACUACCGUGAUGCUGAGGACGCCAUCCGUGGCAGAGAUGGUAUCUCGUUCGAGGGAGCCAGACUUCGAUGUGAAAUGUCGCGAGGAAAUGGACCUCGAGGUUCGAGACAACAGCCUCGCCGCGAUCUCAGGAGAUCCGACUAUCGAGUGAUUGUCUCCAAUCUCCCCCCGUCUGCAUCAUGGCAGGAUCUGAAGGACCACUUCCGCCAGGUCGGCGAGGUCGUUUACACGGAUGUCGACAGGUCUUUAAAGAGCAGUGGAGGAAUCGUGGAAUUUGCCUCCCGAUCUGAGCAAGAGGCUGCGAUCAAGCAGCUUGACGACACGGAGUUCAAGAACCCAUUCGACAAAGUCUACAUCCGCGUGAAAGCUCCCAAGGACCAAGGCUCCAAGUCCCGCUCCAGGUCGCGUUCCCGCUCCAAGUCAAAGUCGAGGUCUCGAUCAAGGUCUCGC